AUGUCGAAACUAGCAACACCCAGGGAGAUUUCCCUCCUAGUCAUAAAGGAAGCCGGCGGUGGAGCCAGAAAUAAUAUUCAAGUUCUGAAUCCACUAGACUAUGUCACCUGUCUGGUAAAUUAUACUCUUACUUCCUGUUCCAACUAACAUGCAGACUUCACUAAAAGAAACCCAAGAUGGGGCUUUGGCUUUUGGAUAUACUGUAGGUAG